UGAGAUACUAGGCCUCGGUCCCAAGGCGGCUCGGGGGCGGGGCCUGCUCUCGGCUCUGGCUGCGGGGUGACGGGGCUGGGGGCGAGGAAGGGUGGACCGCUGCUGGGCCUGUGGGGCUGUGCGCGGCGAGGAGGCUGGGACGGGGCGGCCAGAAACACUCUUAUCAUGGCACAGGUAGAGAAGCGAGGUGGGCUGCUCCGGAAAUCUUCAGCCUCCAAAAAACCAUUGAAGGAAAAAGUAGUCUUGAUGUAUGAUGAGAUCUUCAUGACAGAGGACCCCAGUAAGUGCAGCCCUCGAUUCUGGGAGGAGCUGUUCCUUAUGAAGGUGAAUUUAGAGUAUCUAGAAGGCAAGCUGGAAUCUCUUGAUGGUGAAGAGUUAAUGAAGAUCAAGGAUAAUAUUAAUUGCUUAUUUCAACACUGCAUCCAGGCUCUGGGGGAGGAGCAUCCAAUUCGUGUUGUCAAUGCAUUGCAGACCUUGUGUGCACUCAUUCGAGGAGUCCAUCAAAAGAAUAAGUCCACCUCUGGAUUUGACAUUAUCAACAUGCUGAUGGGUUUUGACAAGGCAGAGCUGUGCAUGAAGAACCUGAUGGAGAGUUUGGAUUCCUUACUUUGUGCAGAAGGUUCUGAAAGUUUGAAGAGUUUAUGUCUGAAACUUCUCCUUUGCUUAGUGACUGUGACAGAUAACAUCAGCCAGAAUACUGUCCUGGAGUAUGUGAUGAUCAACAGCAUAUUUGAAGCAAUUUUACAGAUACUCUCCCAUCCUCCAAGUUGUAGGGAACAUGGGUACGAUGCUGUUGUCCUCUUGGCUUUGUUGGUGAACUAUAGAAAAUAUGAGUCCGUGAAUCCUUAUAUUGUGAAGUUGUCUAUUGUGGAUGAUGAGGCCACUCUUAAUGGAAUGGGGCUUGUGAUUGCUCAGGCUCUAUCUGAAUAUAAUCGGCAGUAUAAAGACAAAGAAGAAGAACACCAGAGUGGGUUUUUCUCAGCUUUAACAAAUAUGGUGGGCAGCAUGUUCAUAGCAGAUGCACAUGAGAAAAUCUCAGUACAAACCAACGAGGCCAUCCUUCUGGCACUUUAUGAAGCUGUUCACUUAAAUCGCAACUUCAUCACAGUGUUAGCCCAGAGUCACCCGGAAAUGGGCUUGGUAACAACCCCUGUCAGUCCUACUCCUACAGCCCCAGUAACAGCACUUGGGACCACACCCCCCUCCUCUGAUGUUAUAAGUUCUGUGGAGCUUCCAUUGGAUGCAGAUGUGCAGACCAGUAACCUACUGAUAACCUUCUUGAAGUAUAGCUCAAUUGUCAUGCAGGACACCAAAGAUGAGCACCGGCUUCAUAGUGGCAAACUUUGUUUGAUUAUCCUUACGUGCAUUGCAGAGGAUCAGUAUGCCAAUGCAUUUUUGCAUGAUGACAACAUGAAUUUUCGAGUUAACUUACACAGAAUGCCUAUGAGACACAGAAAGAAAGCAGCAGACAAGAACCUGCCCUGUCGUCCUUUAGUAUGUGCAGUAUUGGAUCUGAUGGUUGAGUUUAUUGUUACACACAUGAUGAAGGAGUUUCCUAUGGAUCUCUAUGUGCGCUGCAUUCAAGUAGUACAUAAACUGCUUUGCUAUCAGAAGAAAUGUAGAGUUCGCCUACAUUACACCUGGCGGGAACUCUGGUCAGCCUUGAUAAAUUUGCUGAAGUUCCUUAUGUCAAACGAGACCGUACUUUUGGCCAAACACAAUAUUUUUACAUUAGCACUGAUGAUCGUGAACCUCUUUAAUAUGUUUAUCACCUAUGGCGACACGUUUCUGCCCACCCCCAGCAGCUAUGAUGAACUCUACUAUGAGAUCAUCCGCAUGCACCAGAGCUUUGACAACCUGUACUCCAUGGUCUUGAGGCUUUCUACCAAUGCAGGCCAGUGGAAGGAAGCAGCUAGCAAGGUGACCCAUGCAUUGGUUAAUAUCAGAGCCAUCAUCAACCACUUUAAUCCAAAAAUUGAAUCCUAUGCUGCUGUGAACCACAUAUCCCAACUCUCAGAGGAACAGGUGCUGGAGGUAGUACGAGCCAACUACGACACGCUCACACUGAAGCUGCAGGAUGGCCUGGACCAGUAUGAGCGCUACUCUGAACAGCACAAGGAAGCUGCCUUCUUCAAAGAGCUGGUUCGAUCCAUUAGCACCAACGUCCGGAGAAACCUGGCCUUCCACACACUCAGCCAGGAGGUCCUGCUCAAGGAGUUCUCCACUAUCUCCUGAGGCCACGCACACCUGAGCAGCCACCAACUAUACUGACCCAUGAGGCUCCUGGGCUGGAGGGGGAGUGAGGGGAGAGGGGUCUGUCCCUGAGGUUGGAGACAAACUUAGAUAUCGAGUUCUCUCGGUAAAGGCGGCACUUCAGUGGAUCGUGGGCAGUGGUGGGCAGGAGGGGCAAGCCAGUGAUAAUUGUACUUGGGGAGGGCUGGGUAGGCAUAGGGAGGAGAUUUCAAGAAUGUAAGGUCUUCCAGGGUGGCUCCCUGACAGACACUCACUCACACAUCCUGUGGAGUGGACAAGUUGUGACUGCUGACUAAUUUUCAGGAGCUGUUGGGGUGGGUUGAGGCCAAUGGCUAAGGGUCAGUGGCUCCCCCAGGCUUCAGAAACAGAAUAACUCUCAGGUGGAUGUGGAGCCAUAUCCUGCUUCCUUUGGGCCAAGAGCUGAGCUAACCCAGGCUUGAAAUGUGUCCCUUCAUUCCUCUGGCACUCUGGCCAGUCAUUGGGACCCUCAGCUCAGGCUUAGAGGAGAGGAGGGAAUGAAAGAGGCGCCUUUUUUGUUUGUCUAUUUGGUUUGGUUUUCGUAUUUAUUAAACGUAGAGCUGACUUCCCUGGAGACUGGAGAUUAGAGUUCACCCAGUGCUCUGCUGUCCAGCCACCACUCUUUGGGUUUGAUUCCUGGCACCAGGAAUACCCAUUCACUUUCCGCUGCCUCCCAGCCCAUUGACUCAUCAGCACUAUAGAGUUACAAUGUUAGCUUUUCAUCUUCUGUCUUAAGGGUGUGUGUGUGUAAUUAACAUUAACAGGUUUUCUGGAGCCUUCAGGUGCCUACUUUGCUGGUUCCCUUUCCAGCAGCUUCCCCAUCUCCCCAGCCACCCCCCUCCUCCUGGGGAGCCUCUCCAGCCUCUGCUGAGCUCCCUGCUACAUGCUCCACCCCCUCACCCGGCUGUUGUUUACAUCCAGCCUGCCUGAGAGUUUCCUCUGGAGAGGAAUCUGUUCCUGCUGUGGUCUGGUGCCCAGGAGGGAGAGGACCUGCUAGGGACAGGGUGCCCUCCAUCUGCCAGAGGCCUGGCAAGCAUCAUGGAGAGACCAUGCUGUCCGCCUGGGUUGUAGGCGGAGCAACACACAAGUAUCCUGGCCUUCAGAGAGCUGGCCUGUGGCUCCUGCUUUGGACAGCUUGGGACUACUGUAGACUCGGCACACCCACAGCUGACUCCCGAAGUAGCUGCUGCUCAGAGAUCCCCUCUAAAGCGCUUUGUAAAGCCCUCAGGGUGGCAGGAAGCACACAGCCUGGAAAGAUGCUGAGAGUGUGCACAGGAAUCCAGCAGUAAGAACAGGUCUGGAACCUCCCCUGCUGUUUUCCACUUAGCCUCGAACCUCUUCAGGAUACUGGAUCUCCUUGGGAUCCAGAGUUCUGCCUCAGACACCAAGCAGAUGUGCACCAGUUCCGGAGACUCCACCAACGAGCUGCCAUGUAGAGAUGUAGAUUCAUAGCGAUCAGAGCUGGGUCAUCUCUGAUCAGUAGAUGGAAAGCAGAGUUUGGGCAUUUAGUGUUUUCUGCAGUGAUAAACCCCACAGAAGCUGGAGCCAAAUUGAAGUUAUUAAAAAUUGAUUUGUAUGGGACAAA